ACUUCUCAUUCAAACAGGAGACAGUAUAAAGGCUAUUGGGGAAAGCAAAGUCGCACACUGCAGAGGUUGUAACCCUUUAACACAUGAGUGGUAAAACAAACUACUACUGACUGAUUCCCAGCACCUUCUAACACACAGCACACUUCUGCUGCCAGAGGAGCACCCACCACGGUUGCCAGCUGUGCCUUCCUGGAGAGACUGUGCAGUAGAUUUACUCAGCCAGAAGUCGGAAUUAUUGGCAGCAGAAAGGCAGAACUUCAAGUAAUGACCCAGGAAGUGAUGGGAAUUAGCUGUGCAGUCCAGGACAACUCUUGAAAAUGUAUAGAUGUGCCACAUGGACCUGCCCAGAACUCUUCCUCUUGUUGUUAUACCUCAGUUAUCUUCAAUUAUUACCAGGCUUGGCACUACCCAGUGCCCCUGAUUAUUUACAACGUGGCUGGCAGAGGUUGCUAGAAGAAGGAGAAAGCUGUGUUGACUGUAGACCAGAAGAAUGUCCUACACCGAGAGGAUGUCUUGCUGGAGUAGUAAGGGACACUUGCGAUUGCUGUUUAGAAUGUGCCAAUUUGGAGGGGCAAAUAUGUGAUUUGGACAACACUAACCACUUCUAUGGAAAAUGUGGAGAUAACUUGGAAUGCCAGCUGGAUAUGGGGGACCUACGCCAUGGGGAAGUGCCAGAACCUCAGUGUGUCUGCUUGUCUAACACAGCUGUGUGUGGAUCUGAUGGCAAGACCUAUCCCCAGCUGUGCAAAUUCAAGGAAAUGGCGAAUGCACAGCCAGGGAGAAAUCUUACAAUUGUCCAUGAGGGGCCAUGUGAAUCAGCCCCUCAAAUCCUCAGCCCACCCUACGACAUCUGGAAUGUUACCGGGAAGGACGCUAUAUUUGGCUGUGAAGUGUUUGCCUACCCCAUGGCAUCUAUAGAAUGGAGGAAAGAAGGAUCAGAGCUGCUUCUUCCAGGAGAUGAUCCACAUAUCUCUGUACAGUUUAGAGGAGGCCCCCAGAAGUAUGAAGUGACUGGAUGGCUUCAGAUACAAUCGGUCCGUGUUACAGAUGAAGGAACUUACCGUUGUUUUGCCAAGAACAAGGUUGGUGAAGUUGUGGCAGGAGCCACCCUCACAGUACUUACACCAGAUCAACUGAACAUGACCGGACUGAUGCUGCCAAAAUUCCGAAACCAGUUACAAGAAGACGAUGCUGACAGCGAGGAUUCAGAUUAUUAUUGAAUUCCAUAGUAACAAAGACACAGAAAUCUGCUAUCAAUAAAAAGAAAAUCCCAUUUUUACAAGGGAAGAAAUCCAUCAAGAAAGUAUAUUUUGUGACAAGGGACAAAUAGAAAGCACUUUACAUUUCUCGGCCCGCCUUCGAAAGCUUUGUAGAAUAGCUUCUUGUGCUCAUAAAAUUUAUGAAGAAGUUUUGAUCUUUUUCCAGUAUUAAUAGGACAUUUUUUUGUAAAUGGAGACUGGAAUGGACACAUGUUCUAUGUGCUAUUUGUACAUACAGAUUGUCAUCUUUUUUUAUUGUCUAUGUUUAUAUAUUGUCUGUAAGGACCAUUCUGUAUUAUUUACAACCAGAUGCUAAGCCUAAACCACAUUGUUUGUGCAAUUUGUAUUUUUGGCAAUGGAUGUGCAAACCGAUCUGAUACUCAGUGUUACUAUAUAUGAAACCUAUCAUUUUCUGAAAUAGACUUCAUGCUUUGAAGUGCAAUUGUAGAAAAAUAUAGCUUGGUGGAAUAUGAAAGGGCAUUGAGCACUUUGUAACAUGAGCCGAGUCCCACUAGGAAACCUCAGGCCCACCAAAGGGAAUGUGUCUCCAUCUGUGUGAAACUUGUUCAGUUCCCUGCAAAAUUUUUGUUAUCAUUGUACAUACAGGGCGUAUUAUCAAGGUCUAAUAGGUUAUUUGUUAAUCAACCAAUAAGAAAUGGAUCCUAGUGGCAUGUGAUAGGCUCACAAUGUUUUUUUUUCUGUUGGACCUUUUAUCCUCUUUAUCCUCUUUAUCCUUUUAUCCUUUUAUCCAUGUGUCAGAGCUGGAGAUGAGCGAAUAUCCUGAAAUCUGUUUCAGAUCCUGAUCAUUUUAUGUUACAGCCAUAAUGGAAUGUCACACGGAUUUUAGUGUGGAAUCUGCACAUAUUUUGUGCCGAAAUCCAAGUGAAUUCUGUCCCAAAACCAUGUCCUAUUGGGGGAGAUUGAGCAAAACCUGUGCAGAGGAAAAUUUGUCCAGUUGCCCAUAGCAACCAAUCAGCUGACUUCUUUCAUUUUUAACAAAGGCCUCUGCAAAAUGAAUAGCCUGUAAAAGAGAAAAAAAAAAGAGACCGGAGGGAAGCGCCUCGUGUGAUAGCGUAUGGGUAAGCAACAUGAAAAACUUGGGGGUCAGUUAAGACACACCCCUAGGUAGUGGCUGCUCACCUGAGAGCAAGUGAAAACUUGCGUGUCAACCCACAAUGGGGUUACCAGAAGUGGCAAAGAUGGUAGGACUGCUGCCAAGCCGGAGGUCACAGGGGAGGAAAGACAACCAAUCCUGAUGAAACUUUAGGCAGGUAGAACAAAAAGACCCCAAUAGGCGCUGCAGAUUCCCACGAAGUAAACCAAACCAGAGAUGAAGUGGUAAUAGUGCAAAACACUGAAAGGUUUAUUGUAGUAAAAACAAUAAAAUACAGAUUACGCAUUUCGGGAGAG